AUGACCCAUUCUGGAUUUAUCUUGGCAGGAGUGACGGCAAUGACCAGUACCAAGUCAAUGGCAGCAUUAUCGAGGGCGAAUCUUCCCAUCCACGUCAACGACAGUGUGAUUGUGGAACUGACAGAGGAGAUACUGGAGGAGAGGUCCGCCAAGUUUCUACACUGUGCUGUCGACAUUAUCACCGACCCUUCAAGACGUCUUCUUCUCCACUUCCUCUCUAUAGACAUAUCCAAGGACAACUUGACCCCUGACAGGCUACACAUAUACGACUACCGAUUGGGUGGCGAGGUGAAGCAGGUGACACCUGUGAUGGGUCUAUUUGGCGUGUACGAUUCCUACUUUAAGGACACAAGCCCGGGGGUCAUGGAUUACAAAUCCUCCCGUAAUAAACUCCGCCUGGAUUACAUGGGCAAGCCAAACCUUAUUUAUAGCGGUUUCAGAGUGCUCAUUACGUCAUUUACAGACGCGCAUAAGGAUGACUGUGAUCGUCUACAUCACCACUGCGGGAGGACCCAAAUUUGUGUACCAUUGUCAGUCAUGUGUGACACUGAGUAUAAUUGUGGCGACGGCGACCAGACCGACGAAAAUACCUGCCACCUGGUGGUGGACUCUGAGUGGAAAGGGGCGGAGGCUACCAUUACAGCUGUGGUAGCUGCUGGUGUUUCCAUAUCUCUUUUCCUUCUGGUGAUUGUUGCUGUCUUUUGUUACCUCAAGAAAUACAACAGGAGAAGCUAUAUUAGACAACAAAGUGUCCAAAUGUAUGCCAAAAGAAAGGCCAACGGGGACUGGACAAUCGGGAAUAACAUCGACACGUUAGGGGUCACUAAGAUAUACGCCCCGCCCACUUAUGAGGAUGUCGUUAGAAAGGACGAGAAUGAGGAACCUCCCCCUGCAUAUGACAUCGUGUCUACACUACCCCGUUCAGACAACCAGGGGUCACCAUAUUCAGUGCGGUCAAUGAAUAGGGUAACAGUUGUGUGUAUCGAACGUCCCUGCGAUAACGACAAUACAGAAAAUCAAGAAGAGUGCCAAACAGAAUCAGUAUGUGUUGUUGCUCCUGAAGAAGAACAAAAUAAAACGAAUGUAUAUCAAAAUGUCACUUCUUGCCUUCAGGAAAAUACUUACCCUGACAGUGAACCAUUGAUUAGUGUCUCAGAUAAAAGUGUUUCUAAAUCCGACAAUUGUUCCCAGUCAAGUUCUUCCGGUCACGAGCAGGAUUCUGGGACUUUCGCUGAGGAGUGCUCUCAGGAAAGUGGAAGCAGCAACUUGGAGGAGGAUUUGAUAUCUGUUACAUCAGAUUUUCAAACGACAAACGAUAAGGAUAACAUCGACAACGGUACUUUAAAAAUGGGAGAUAAAACUCCAGACUACUCUAAUCGGAUAUGUCUGAUGAACUGUGAUGAUAUUGAAUAUGUAGACACGGUGGAUGACAUGAACGGGAACAAAGUGUAA